GUGAGAAGACCUGUUCGUCAUUCUAACUUGAAAUUUCCUUUCAGAUAUUUAGAGGGUAAAGUUGACUGAAGCAGGCAACAAGAAAUACAGUGAGACGGAUUAAGAUUUGUUGUGCUAUAAUGAAUGACGGUACUAAAAAAUGGUGAUUUAAAUAUGCUCCAUACGCAGCUAGUGAAGUUGGCAGCACCAAAAACUCCGGGCGGCGCCACAGACGAUGACAGUGACAUCGGUCACCCCAAAGCAGAAGUGCUUCCCCCAACACUGUUUUCCAAGCUCUCGACUCCGGAGUCCCCGGAUGAUCCAUUUGAAGACCCCUACGAUGCGAAGUUUUCCACUUUGAAUCGUCAAAUGAAAAGCUCCUUCACGGAGACCGGCAACACGGAAACCAGGUUCUUUUGGAUGAUAGACCAAAUGUCGUUCCAACAACUUUUCCGAUUGUAUGCCAAAGUUGGGGACCAUAGCCGGAGCGGAGAGUUCAUAACGUCAAUCUGCAGUGACAGAUGGCUCAGGCAAGCCAAGAUCCUGGAUAACAGGAGAAUAAGCACAACAGACACCGGAAUUUAUUUUAAGCAAGUGGCAAAGUUCAAGAAAGCGCUGUGUCUAAAUUCGUACAUGAAGUUUCUGGAAUUGCUUGCAACUAAAAAACAUUUGAACUUGAGUGAGAUGAAAUAUAAAAUGGUUACAUGCGGUCCACCUGUUACAUUAAAGACUACGGCAGUGGACAAUAGAAAUGCUCCACAUCGGACAACAGAGCGCUCCAGAGUGGCUAGACAUUACGAACUGACGACGAUCGAAAGAAGACGAGAGCAAAAAAGAAAAGAACAAAGAAAACGCACCUACGGAGGUUUCUUCAGCAAUUGUCAGUGUCAACACGGAUAUAGUUCUCAAAUAUGUUACAGUUUCCCAGAUCAGUUCAGGGCAGCAGCCGCGGAACUCCGUGACGAAGAUUGGUUUCCAGAAGAAUAACCUAAACUUUGCCCCCCUUUCUAAGACCAUUUUACAAAGACUAUAUUUAACAGCAGAUGAAAGUACAACUGAAUUUAAAAAUAAACUUAAGGGGAGUCAGUACCCUAAAUACUUUCAAAAAUUCGAUUUUUUGAUUUUUAUAUAUUUUGAAACUCCAUUUCAAUACCUUUUUUAAUGAUACAAACAUCUUGAACAUGCUCAUAUUAGAAGUAAGUUAAAAUAAGCUUUAAAAAAUGUAAAACCUAUUUUGAUGAGGUAUGAUUUUCCCCUUUAAAUUGCAAUAUCUCGAAAUGGUAUUUUUUAAACUAAAUGUUCCUUUUUCUCAGAAACUAAAUUGUGUUUGGCUUUGAAAUUUUUACCACCUAUUCCAUACAUCUAACUGCAUAUACUGAAGUAAACUUUUUCUCAUAUUCGAAAAUUAUUAUUUUAUAGAGCUGAUUUUGUGUGGCAAAAUUGUAUUUUUUGAAACAAAUACAGUAACUUACACAUUAGAAUUUUUUACAACAAAACUAAGCUUUCUUUCUGUAAAAUUUUACUUCAGUAUAGAGAACAGAAUCUACUUGAGGUACAGAAAAAAAUUCAUACUUGUAUCUUUAAUAGAUUUUCAGAAAAAGGUACAUGAACCUGUGCAAAUUAACAUUGACGGUAUGCAGGAUACUGACUAUCCUUAACUACAAAUAUAUUCCCGGAACCAGCAAUAACUUUGAAGAUCUAUAUUGUGAGAAUAAGAAAAAAUAAAUUUAUAAUGGUUGAUGAAUGGGCAUAAAGCAGCGUUUCCUAACUUUUCAUUCUUACAGAGCAGCCUUGACAAUGCCCAAGUUCCUACUAAUAUUCCUUAAAAACAUUUUUUUAAGGACCAAACCUUACAUUUAAUGAUACUGAAUGCAAAAAAAAAAAAAAAAAAAAUGAAUUUUGACAUCUUGAAUUCAAUUGUUUUAAUUAACGUCUGUUAUUUUCAAUUCAUUG